AUGCUCACACUCAACACGACUGUUCCUCUUGCAUUUGACUUUAAUCGUCCAGAAGACUACUUCAUUUUUCUGUUCCAUAUUCUCUUCGCUACUAGUGCGGUCUUUCUUGCUGGCUCAGUGGUAAUUGGAAUAUUGAGUACGAGGGGGCUUCGAAUUCAAAACAGAUUCAUUUUCAUGCUCAAUACCAGCAUUAGCGACACACUCACCGGGUUCUCUGUGUAUUAUCUUGGUCUAUUUGAUGUACAAGAGGGAUACCCGUCAAGGAAUGGUACAUUUUAUAUUCUGCCUUCUUUUCUUGGAGUAAAUAUCCUUACUUUUCUGUUUGCACAGAUUGACCGCUAUAUCGCUGUUUGCCAUCCUUUCUUUUAUAGUCGCUACAUUAUGCGACCGGUUGUUAUUGGAAUUUGUGUCUUUUGUUGGUUUUACACAUACAGUAUAUUAACGGUGCAGAACCUCGUUCCUAUUUCAAAGGCUGCACAAAUAAACGCGUUUGGCGUAAUGACUUUACAGAUAAUUGUGCUCACAAAAGUUCUGAUGACCAUAAAGCUAUAUGUUAUUGCCAGAUACCAACUUGCACGAGAUCCACCAAGCACAGAGAAGGAGAACAAGAAGGAAUCUUUGAGGAUCAUAGUAUUUGUGGUUAUAUGUUUCUUAACGCUGUGGUGUCCCUCCUUCGUUAAUAUUAUUGUGAAGCAGUUGACUUUGCACGGCCUAAAAUUCAGGAAUGAAGCCACUAACCUCUUUGCAACCAUGGCACGAUUUAACGCACUUAGCACACCAGCGGUGUACAUCUGGGGGAGCCCCGCGCUUCGCGAGGCUGUGAAGCAAACAGUGUGGCGAAGAAUGUGUCCAAGGGCACAGCAAAACAGAGCAGUUAACGACCUAGCAGUCAAUCCAAAACUGGGCCCUGACAGAGAGGCUGAGCUUCUUCUUAUGGGGCUGUUCAUCACAGACGCCCAGUCUCAGGUGUGCUGGACAUCUGCCAAUCACCGGGUGCUGUCCAUGGUGCUGAUCUGCCUCUAG